UUAGCGGUAAUUUUGUUACAAAAAAGUAGGUUGCCUUGAUUAGUAAUGAAUGUGUAAAUGAGGGACUUAUUUGUAAAACUAAAAAUAAAAGUAGAUGUCCCCUUUUGUAAUUAAGUGAAUUAACACGGGGUUUUAUGAGAUCAUAAGUAGGAUUUUGUGGUAAUUUUGCGAAUAAAUAUAACUGAUUGGAAGAAAUCAAAUUAUCAUCACAGCACUCGCGUCUUCUCGUCAUAUAUAUAUAAACAAGGGUCCGUAUCGAGGUUCACCGGUGGUAAAGCCCUCAGAAAUUCAGAGUUCACUCUGUCAUACCGCCGCCGCCGCCGCUGCAAUUACAGCGAUUUCAUUCAGUCGUUUCGGUGAUUUUUUUAGCGGGGUAAGGAAGCGCACGAUGGGGAAUCAAAAGCUCAAGUGGACGGCGGAGGAGGAGGAGACGCUGAGGGCAGGGGUGGGAAAGCACGGUACCGGAAAGUGGAAGAAUAUUCUCCUAGAUCCGGAAUUCAAGGAGAAACUCUCUAAUCGUUCCAAUGUUGAUCUCAAGGACAAAUGGCGGAACCUGAGCGUUAGCGGUGGCUUUGGAGCUAGUUCAGUCACUCCCAGAGGAAAGGCAACUGUAACCAAUGUUGUGACACCCAUGACUGAAAUUUCACCAUCUGUAUUUGUUUCGAAAGAAACUGUUAAUGACAGGCUUCCCCACAGCCCUCCAAAUGUCGAUAAUGCCCUAACUGACAAGAUGGUACUCGAAGCACUUUCAUCAAUGAAAGACUGUGAUGGAUCUGAUUGUGAUGCAAUCAUGGGGUUUGUCGAGGUUCCAAAAGGGUACAAGAUUAAAGAAGCAGAAAGGGGCACCAAAACACCUACGCCACAGCAGCAUGAUGUCAGAUCAAGACCACUACAAGAUUCCACACCGACAAUCAUAGUUGAUACAGUGGAAGAGGCAGCUAAAAUAGCCGCCGACUUAAUUGCUGAGGCGGAAUAUAAAUCUUUUUUGGCAGCUGAAGCAGUUAAAGAGGCUGAAAAGCUCUCACUAAUAGCUGACAAUGCAGAUGUACUGCUCAGGAGUUUAAAAGAGAUUUUGGACGAAUGGGAUGAUAAAGGAAACAACAAAAGUUCUAAAAGUUAGCCAUCUGAAGUUACCAUCAAGGUUUAGAGUUCCGUUUAUUGGAAAUACUAUAUUUUUUUUUUGAAAAAAGGAAAACGAGAGAGAACGAUUCUUCGAUAUAGAUGGAGACUAAUUUUGAUUAGCUAGUAGGUAACUGGUGGUUAGAGCUUAUGUAGCGAUGAAUCUUUUCAGUCGAAGUUUCAUAUCUAGGGUCGAGAUUCGUUUCAUAUUUCAUCCGAUUUUUUUUAGUGGAAAACAAGGCACCGGUUGAGAGUUGUACAUUUUUUUCUUCUCCGUUUUAGCUUACCUUAUAGGAUUUUUUUACCGGUGUAAAUUUUGGUGGUUAGAUGGCAAUUCUUGAAAUAUUUGACUUCAUUCAUUCUCUUUCUUGAGAUCCACAUUUUCUUUGCAUUU